AACAUAUAGGAGUAAACCCGAGGUGGAGGAAGAGACAGGGGGCUCUUGCCGUUGAUUGUGUCGGCUUUAUCGUUAUCAUCUGGAGACAGUGGUUCCCGAGGGGAAAGGAAGUCGUCGGGUGUUUACAAGUGAGACAGGAGUGCAAACAAGUUUAGAAAGAAUCCCUUCACUGUGGCACAGACAGAAGAGAGAAAGGAAAAGCUACUCUUUACUGUAACGUCUAAAUGGAUGUGAAAGAAGAGACGUGUGAGGCUGACAUAAAUAUCAUGAAGCAAUGGGCUGUACGUGUUAAGGUGGAGGAGGACAGUGGAUGGGAGUCUGUCCACCUUAAACAGGAGAGGCUGUGCAUUAAAGAAGAGGACUGUGACCUGGGGUCAGUGGGCAUUAAAGAAGAGGUGGAAGAGACGACCAUUAGCAUUGAGACGCACAAAUACGAACGUGUUGAGGAAGACGACCUUCCUGACGGGUGUCAAGGUGGAGCAGUGGCCGGGUUUGUCUCGUCUCAGGGCAGACGCUGUUCUUCCAUCAAAGUGAAGUCUGAAUCGUUACAGUCGGACACAAAGAGGACUGACGAGGUUCCAACUGUCCGAACUCUGGAAGAUCAGACAUCACCUACAAAUAAGUCUGGAGAAAGAAUCAAACCUCACUGCUGUUCUGAAUGUGGCAAACAGUUCAGUCACCGGUGCACUCUCCUGAGACACAUUCGAAUUCACACCGGAGAGAAGCUUUAUUCCUGUUUUGAAUGUGGCAGAGAGUUUCUACAAAGAAGCCAUCUUGAGAGCCACAUUAGAAUCCACACCGGAGAGAAGCCAUAUUGCUGCUUUGAAUGCGGCCGGGAGUUUUCGGAAAGAAGCCAUCUUCAAAGCCACACAAAAAUUCACACAGGAGAGAAACCGUAUUGCUGCUUGCAGUGUGGCAAACAAUUCUGUCGCCGGAGUCAUCUCUGGAGACACAUUAAGAUUCAUACAGGUGAGAAGCCGUAUUCCUGUUCCGACUGUGGCAAGAAGUUUUUGACAAUGAGCAACCUUCGGAGCCACACAAGAAUUCACACCGGAGAGAAGCCAUAUUGCUGUUCUGAAUGUGGCAAACGGUUUGCGCAUCUGAACAGUCUUAAGAUGCACUCUUCAGUUCAUAUAGGAGAGAAGGAGGAAAUUCUGAAGGAUUAAGUUGUUUGGUGAAGAAGGAAGAAAUGGAGGAAUGAAUGAGAUUUAACCCUCUGAACUACUUGGGUCUUGAUGAGUACCUUCAUAUGAGGGGCUUCAUUGUGCAAGAUCUACACCAAAUCUCAUAAAGGCAAAACUACCCUUCUAGUAUGAAAAGGACCCCAAAAAAAAUCAAUCAUUCAGACUGCACAUUUCUCAAGAUGAAAAGAUGGCCAUCCUCUUUCUUGGCACUUGGGAAGCUAAUGGUGAUAGCAGGAGUGCGAGACCUGCAAUGUGGUGGAAGUCCAGAUGGACAGUGUUGCUGGCAACAUCACUGUGGAACUGAUCAGACCACGAAAGGACAACUUGAAAAAGAAAUUGAGAGGGCUGGACACAGUCCAUUGGUCUCUUGAAGAUAAAGAGGAAACCACAUCUUGCUACGUUUUUAUGUUAAAUCCAACUAGAGGAUAUGCCUUGAUGGCUUGUAUGAAAUUGUAAUCUUCAUCCCUAUACUCCAUUAAGUAAGGUGAUUAAUGUAAAGCAAAGAUCACUAAUUGAAUUAGUUACACAGAGAAAGUAGAUAAGUUAAAAGAAACGAAAAAUCUACAAAGAACAGAGAGAGAUGAAUCAAUGCAGGAAAAACAAAUCAACACGCAUAAGCAAUGAGAGAACACCAGCCAAAGGUUUUGGAUGAAACUAAGAAGGGGGACCUCCUUAUGCUGUGGCAUGUUUGUGAAAGGAAUAAAAUAAGUAUAGAGAAUGCUCUUCUAAACAGUAGAAAAGACCCCCUCAGUAGAGGACAACAAAAUCCAGGAAAUUAAAGAUGAUCUCCUGGACCUCAUUGAUAUAGACGACUACAUAUUAGGAGAAGUUAUUUAAAAUAUUAACAAUACCAGAUAAAGAACUAUAGCUAAGGUCAACAAGGCCAUAACAGAAAUUAAGCAAAGCCAACCGCAAAUGGUGGGACAUAAGAGACCACGGGAUCAGAACUGAGCAGCAAAUCCCAUCACACCUACUGUGCCAGUGCAGAGGAAAGUCAAAGUAAGGAGAAAUGGACCACGCUACAGUCCACCAUGGAUGGAAUAAUCGACAAAGGGAUGUGUCACAGUCAAAGCUAGAGGGAAGGUGUGAAAUGGCAACUUCAUAUAACAACUGGUGUCCCAUAUGAAGAGUUGAAUUUCACAGAGGAAAAUUACAAAUUCAGAAUCCUAGCAGAGGUUCGGAGGUUAAGAAAGUGCAGAACAAGAGUAUUCAGGGGUAAUCGGAAAAAUGUUGUACAUAAUGUUGGGUGGGAUACCCUUGAAGUACCUACACCACCAGAUGAUAGAGAUUUACAUGUUUUAAAGAACACCAUCAUAAAAAAGCUGACUGGUUAAGAAAACUAUAGACUGACCUAGGAUUGAAGGAACUUUAAGAAAUGGAGUGGCCCGAGUUGGCAAUCGGUGAACAAGAAACCUAACUGGUAGACACUCAAAUUAGACGGCCUACCCAACUUUUGGCUCAAACAUUUCGUAGCAGUGCAUCAGGAUGUGGUUGAAUAUGGCAAUGUGUUUGUGAAACAUCUGCAGAUGACGCCACAGAGGCUGACCACAGGAGAUGCAUCUCUGCUUCCAACAUUAGAGCAAACCAAAACACCAAAUGACUACCAUACCUUAACUUGCUUGUCCACUGCAUACAGAGCAGUAGGUGCCACCAGAACUUAUCUUCUGGAUCACAAUUAACGUAAUGGCAAGAGAGCAGAAGGGAAAGCAAAUAAAGGUCAUACGGCACAAAGGUCCAGCGGUUAUUAAGUAACAUAAUUAUGGAGCACUUCAAGAUGGACCAAUGUCUGAGCAUGGCAUGGAUAGAAUUAAAAGUAAAUAAAUAAAUAAUAAUAAUCCUUGAUGUUGUACCACAUGGCUGGAUCUUUAAAUGCUGCCAUCAGAAGUUUCAUCUCCAUCACUCUGUGCCACUUUCCAGCAACCCUGCAGCUCCACUGUGACAAGGACCGGAUCAAAUCAUAAAUACAAAAAUAAGAGGAGCAACAUUCCACGUAGACUUCUGAUCACCAUUCUUGUAAACCCACAAAGCACCCUCAACCUCUGCUCAACCCUAGAUCUCGAAAUGAACUGAACCCACAAACGUUUCACUCGCAAGUUUCUUAUGGAUGAGUUGAAGCUACACAGCACCGUAGAAGAAUAACUGCACUUGGUAAAACAUUUUUUACUCGCUGACAGUCCUUGCCUUGACAUUCAGUUUUAAAAUUCUAGACUGGCCUGGAAGCGAUUCCCACAAACUGCACACCAACACAAGAAAACUGUUGCAUGCUCCAGAGAUCAACAUUAGAGAUUUUACAUCAUGAGAUCUGAAGAAAUUUUUGGCCUGUGGGAAACGGAUUACAUAUUCAGAUCAACACUCACAGUGGACCUGACCUGAUGCACUCUACGGAAUUGAAACGUAUGGAAAGUUGUAACCGUCAAAUAAAAAAUGUUGAGAAAGUGAAGGCAUACCGGACAUUCUCCUGCCCUGUGUGCAGUUAGUCAGUAGGACUUGCUAGGCAGCCGAAUUGACAAUUUCUUAAAUUGGACCAACAGAAAAGACAAUUGGCAAAACCACAGAUAGUCAAUAGGGCCUGGCAGCAGACAUCAAACGUGAGGCCGCAGCCAGACCCCUCUCAAUAUGGUGGAAAGUGUGCUGCCCUCCUGCUACAGCCUUGUGUAGACCAGGAACGUACCCUGGUGUGUGUGUGUGUGUGUGUGUAUCCUGUUGAUAUCGUUAUUGUAAAGGGAGGAAUGCCAUUGUUCUAUAUAUGUGACAACUUGAAUCUUGCACCUAUAAACCUUGCACAUUUUUUUUUUUCUUUUUGCUUAACUUCUCCUGCUACUCCAGUUUUCCUCCUUCAAAUUCUUAAAAAAAGUACAUAUAAUUUUAAUGCAUGUUAGACAUGAAAUAAAAAAUUACAUAAUUUAAAUCAACUGAGUAAAAUUAGCAUGCAGUCACAAAUGUCAACUCUGCUAUCUUUCCGGGAAACGUUUUUGGUGCCGUGGCUAAAGAGUGUAGGACACAAUUGAUUAUUGCCCAUGACAACUUCAUGCUCUUAACCCUCUGGUUACCAAUCCCACCUGCCAUUGUGUCCAUCCCCUCCAAUUGGGGCUUAACGUCAUGACGCCAGCCACAUGUCACACCCCCUUUCCCAGAAUUCUCCUCCUAGGGAGUUCCCAACUAGCAUGCGUGAACCGGCAGACAUGCCGUCUCUCUCCCUCUCUCUCCAGUAAGCAUUCCCGUAAUAACCGAUUUCCUGGGUCUUCUAACACUUGCGACUUUCCAUCAAAUGAGCAAACCUUCUGUUUACCUGCAGUGUCCACGUGGCACAGUUUGUUCACACCUGUGUAUCUGCUAAGCCGCCAUCUUACCAGAGCUCCUUGUUCCUGUACUUCCUCUUCUGCCCAAAGGUAAACGCUUCUCUUCUUAGCUAUUUAAACAUUAAGGAACAUUAAGAAAGAUGACUAUAAAUAGGCACUAUAUAUAAAAAAAAAUGUAUUAUUAUUAUUAUUAUUAUUAAAUAGUUACUUUCAUUCACUCAUUGCUAUCCCGUGACACGACCCAUCACAGCCUGCAAAAUUCUCUUUCCAGCGGCACCCAGUUGACGGGUUGGUAUUUCCAUCCCAAACAGUCCCUGUGGGAAAGAGAGUAGAAAUUUUAUUUAGUGGACGUUUACGAAACCAAGAAUGGGUUGGCCUGCACUUAUUAGUUUUUAAGUUUUCUGCCUUGUGAUGCCCUGUCUGCUGUAUCCAAAUUAAGAUCUGAGCCGCUUAACUGCUUUCUGCAUCAGCGGGUUCCGAUUCACGGCUGCCACGUUAGACUGCUUGUGAAGGAUCGACCAUACCGUGGCGCUAUACGUUACUCGGAGUGCACAGUUCCAUUUUUAUUUACAUGGUUGUGUGUUUUCUCUCCAUUUGUCGCAGAACUCCACUCCAUUGAGGAGGUUGUUGCCUUGCAUUAUACGUCCGUGAUACGCCACGUUACACUAUGGUUAAGGUUAGGGUUGGGGGAGGAGUUAUCUGACUCAAGUCGAGUUAACCAGGUGACAAAAACCUGCAAUCCAAUUGGCUACUGAAUCGCAUAGCAGUGGAGGUCUGCAAUGUUUAAUUUCACACUGUUUUGUUGACCCCCCCCCCCCCUUUUCUUUUUCAUUCUUAUUUUUUAAAUAUCGUUCUUGUAAACGAUUCCCUGGUUAAAAUGUCACGCUUGAGCUUGUAUUUAUAUGUGUACUGUAUAUGAAAUGGAGAAGUUAUCUUACCUGAAAUGUUUAAACUUUAUUAAACUCAUCCGUCUUGCA